AUGGAUAAUUAUGAACUGGUAGCUGCAGCCUUAUCUAAAAUUACAAACACGCAAGUGAUUACAUAUAAUGAAUAUUUGACACAAAAAGAUAGAAAUCCUGACCAAACUUUUCAAUAUUUUGAUAGUAAUUUACUUCAUGAUAUAUAUUUAGUCAAAGGUGUUGUCUCUUCCGACGUUAUUGAUGUUGAAGAAGAAGUGGAAAAUUCUACUCGCAAUUUAGAAAACGUUUUCAUAUCAUUUUCCGGAGAAACUUUGGAAAUUAAAAAUCUUAAUGCGAAUACCACAAUUAGUCAAUUGAAAAAUAAGAUAUUUGAAUCUAAAGGAAUUGUACCAAAUGAUCAAUGGUUAACGAUCCAAAAUGUUCUCAUAAAGAACCUUUCAGGAAAAACUUUGACGGUUAAAAAUCUAAAUGCGAAAACUUCCAUAAAUCAAUUGAAGAAUAAAAUUUAUGAAACGGAAGGAAUUCCACCGGAUGAACAAUACUUAAAUUAUGGUCUUAAAUCACUUCAAGACCAUCAAACGUUAAGUUAUUAUGAAAUUACAAAUGAUACAACAAUUAAUUUAUCCACACGAUUACGUGGUGGAUCUAAUACGAUUCAAGUUCUUGACCGUGAUUUCUUGGAUCCACGUUACGACUACGAUUUUACAAACAUCAAACCUUCUGGAACUUAUACGCGUGGCAAUUAUAAAUAUGUGCGACCGUAUGGAUGGAAUCGUAUGGCGAUGAGAGUUCUUAAUAAGUAUUCUGAUAAUAGUUGGCUUGGGGUAAAUAAUAGGACAAACAUUUCCGAAUCUGUGGAAGGUGAAUGGAUAGUUAGUUUUCAUGGUACUGGAAAGAAUAAUGUGAAUUCCAUUGCGAAAGAUGGAUACCUUCUAAGCAAAGGGCUAAGGUUCAAAUAUGGCCGUGGAGUUUAUUCUACUCCGGAUAUAGAUUGGGCUGCUAAAUAUGCUGAUAUAUUUGUGUAUAAAGGGGAGAAUUAUCAAGUUGUAUUUCAAAAUCGUGUGAAACCAGAUACUUUUGACGUUGUAUCAUUUGAUUCCGGGUUAAAAUUUUUUAUUUCUCCUAACGAUAAAGAAAUUAGACCUUAUGGUCUUUGCUUUAGAAAAAUUUAA